AUGGAUAAUGCGAGGAAUUGUGCUGCUGCUGGAGCCCUAGUGGAGGGAUUGUACCCUACCAUUGUUUGGACGUCGUGUGUUGUUCACACACUCAACUUAGCGUUGCAAAAUAUAUGUGCUGCGAAGAACAUAGAGAACAAUCAAGAAACUUAUGCAUUAUGUUCUUGGAUCACCGAUGUUGCAGCAGAUGCUAGUAUGAUCAAGAUUUUCAUCAUGAAUCAUAGGAUGAGGUUAGCAAUCUUUAAUCAAUUUUUCUCUCUCAAGUUGCUUUCAAUUGCUGCAACUCGAUUUGCUUCUAUCAUUGUGAUGUUGAAGCGACUUAAGCUUCUUAAGAGAAGCUUAAGUACCAUGGUGAUAAGUGAGCAAUGGGAUUCUUAUCGAGAGGAUGAUGUGGAGAAGGCAAGCUUAGUGAAAAUGAAAGUAUUAGACGAUCUUUGGUGGGAUAAGAAAAAUACAAUGAUAGAAAAAGUGAAGGCUGCAAUAUACAAGCAUGAAAGAAUCCAAGCUCAAGAUUCAUCUCCUUUCUAUGAAGUGGUCCAUACCAUCUUGGUAAGUCGAUGGAACAAAAACAACACCUAUCUCCACUGUUUGGCCCAUUCGCUAAAUCCAAGAUAUUAUAGUGAUCAGUGGCUUUCAGAAGACACCUCUCGAGUCCCUCCACAUAGGGAUAAUGAAGUUGCAAAGGAGAGAAUGAAAUGUUUGAAGAAGUACUUUCCAGAUAUUGCUCAAAGGAGGAUUGUGAUAAGGGAAUUUGCUAACUUUGCUAGCAUGGCGGGUGAUUUUGCUGAUUCUGACUCAAUUGAGCAACGCUACGAGUUGGACCCUAAGAGUUGGUGGGUGACAUAUGGUCCAAGUGCUCCGACACUUCAAAAGUUAGCUUUGAAACUCCUUGUCCAACCUUCAUCUUCUUCAUGUGCCGAAAGGAAUUGGAGCACAUACUCUUUCAUUCACUCGUUAAGAAGGAACAAGUUAGCUCCCCAACGUGCUGAAGAUUUGGUUUACAUUCAUAGCAAUCUUCGUUUGCUAUCUAGAAGAACUCCUGAAUACUCUAAAGGAGAGACAAAGUUGUGGGAUAUUGGAGGAGACAACUUUGGUACACUUCAGGAUGUUGGAGAUCUAGAGAUUGCGGAGUUAUCACUUGAUGAGCCGGAGUUAGAGAGUGUUGUGUUCACUGAAGAGGGCGGUGGUGAUAUACCAGAUGGGGAAGAGGAUGAGGAUGAGGAAGCUUUCAUGACUUAGUAGCUUGCUAGUGUGUAUUGAAUUGGAAGUAGACUUUAUUUAGUAAUAUUUGUGUGUUUUAUUUGGAUUUGUGAACUGACUUCUAAGUUUUAAUAAUUAAGUAGUUAUUUGCUCUAUUUGGU